GAUUCAAGUUUUAUGUUGUGUGUGUGUGUGUGUCAUGAUUACAAAUGCGACUUGUAGAUGUUUUUGUAAAGCGUGGAUGAGUUGAAAGAAAUAAAAAUUGCCUAAUCAUUGUUAAUGUUUGAUUUUAUAACCAAUUUAUAACGUAAUAUCACACAUGAGACGAGCACUAUGCGUUUGUGUUUCUCUUCUGAAUGAUCAAAGGUCAAUCAUGUUAGGCUGCGAAAAAUCAUUAAUACGCGAUCUAAAAAGUUGGAAGUUUAGAAAUCCUCCAAACUAUGCUGAGUUACCUAUAAAUGAAGACCCGGAAUAUAAUGUUCCUGUUGCGGUUAAAAAUGCUGUAUUUUCUAAGGUACCAACAGAACCUUUAAUAGGAAAACUUCAUUUGGUAUGCGUCUCAGAAGAUGCAAUGAAAGAUAUUCUAGAUUUGGAUCCAGAAGUGGCGGAAACUGUGGAAUUUAUUGACAUGGUAGCUGGAAAAUAUUUACCUGAAGGAGGUCUUACUGUUUGUCAUAGAUAUGGUGGAUACCAGUUUGGUUACUGGGCAGAUCAACUUGGGGAUGGAAGAGCUCACAUCCUCGGAGAGUAUGUCAACAGGAAAGGUGAAUCCUGGCAGCCACAACUGAAGGGUUCAGGGGAGACGCCAUACUCUCGGUUUGGUGAUGGGCGCGCGGUGCUACGGUCCUCCAUCAGAGAGAUGAUAGCAUCUGAAGCAUGCUACUAUCUUGGAAUACCCACCACUAGGGCAGCGGCUUUGGUGGUGAGUGAUGAGCAUAAAGUAUGGCGUGACAAGAGUUACAGCGGGGCUGCGCGGCAGGAGCGCGCGGCUGUGGUGAUGCGCCUCGCCCCCGCCUGGUACCGGCUCGGAUCCUUUGAGAUACUGCUGAAGAGGAAGGAGCCACAUACCAUGAGGCAAUUAGCUGACUUUGUUAUUAAGCAUCAUUUUCCAAACAUUUCAUCGGAUGAUCCGGAUAAAUAUGUAAAAUGGUACUCAGAGGUGGCUCACACUAAUCUAGACAUGGUUGCUAGUUGGCAAGGUGUAGGUUUCACUCAUGGUGUACUGAACACAGACAAUGUGAGCGUGCUGGGUUUGACCAUAGACUACGGACCGUACGGCUUCAUGCAACAUUAUUAUGAACAUUAUGUACCUAAUACAUCUGAUGAUGCCGGACGGUAUGCAUUUAAUAAACAACCUGAGAUACUUGUAUGGAAUCUGGAGAAGUUUUCAGAAGCUUUAGAACCGAUAUUGACAGAUGACCAGAAGCAAAGGAUAAAAGAUGUGCAAAGUACACUUGGGGAUUAUGUCAAGAAUAAAGUCGGUCACACAUAUAUAAGCAAACUGGGCUUGUCAGAGCUACGAGACGGUGAUGAUAAGUUGGUGAAAGACUUGCUGCAGAUGAUGCAGCAGACUAUGGCCGAUUACACGCAAACUUUCAGACAAAUGGCUGAGUUGGAUAUGUCACAGUUGGCAGAUGUGACGUCAUUGGAGAGCAAGUGGUCUUUGGUAAAGGUCUCUAAAUCCUCGCAGUGGGAUAAAUGGGUUCAGAGAUAUCGGGAAAGACUGGAACAAGGAAAUGUAAGUGAUGAAGUGAGACGUGCCCGGAUGUUGAAAGUCAACCCCCUGUACAUACCCAGUAACUGGAUAUUACAAGAAGCAAUAGCCGAUGCUGAGAAAAAUGACUUCGGCAAGGUGCGACUUCUGUUAAAGAAUUUUAAGAAUCCAUACGAAGUGAAUGAGAAUGCUGAGAAGUUGGGAUAUUCAUCACAACCUCCCAGCUGGUCUUACGGAAUCAAACUGAGCUGUUCCAGUUAGAAUACUUUCAAAAAGUUUUCAUUCACCUUGAUGAACAAAGUCGUAUAAAAAAAAACAA